CUGCCACUUUCGAGUGCUCCCGUAUUACUUGUAUUUCAGCGAAACCAUGGCUUCCAAAUGGGCUGUUGAUUAUGCAACAUUAGGACCGGAGACUGUUCCCAAAUACAAAAUAGCCAAUCCCACCGGCUUUGACGCAAACGCCUUGCAAUCUUCCAAAUCGGCAGCAAAAUCGUCGCGACAGAAUGUCGGUCAAGAUGAUCACAACGAAGUCGCUUUAAAAGUCAAGAGAGCUUGGGAUGUCGCCAUGAGUCCUGCAAAGAAUAUACCCAUGAAUGCCAUCAUGAUUUACAUGACGGGUAAUGGCGUACAGAUUUUUAGCGUCAUGAUCACGGCUAUGUUGUUUAUCCAACCCGUCAAGGCUAUCAUGUCUCUGAAGCAAACAUUUGAACGAUUCGAAACUCCAGGUGCAGCCGCCAGAGCCCAGCCAGGAGCUGAUUUGCUCUUGCCGAAAUUAACGUUUAUUGCGAUUCAUGUCUUGACCAUGUUAUUGGGUGUCUAUAAAAUCAACGCGAUGGGUUUGUUACCAACCACCACAUCCGAUUGGCUUGCCUUUUUACCACCAAAGCAUGUAUUGGAAUACAGUGCUCUUUGAACAUUGUGAAAAAAAAAAAAAAAAAAAAAAAAAAAAAAAAAAA